AUGUGCUGCUGUGUUUUCAACUGCUUCAAAAGGCGGUCCAGCAGUAAGCCACCGAGAACCAAGCCGGCCCUCCCCUGGCUGCCGCCCACGGCAAUCCACGAAGCGGACUCCUGGAGGCCUGUUCAACAACUGCGCGGCUUCUUCAGCCUACCGUACGAAAUCCGCUACGCGAUCCUGCGUUUGGCCUUUGGAGAUUGCGUCUUUCACAUUGACAUGCGCCCCGGGCCCCCCUGGCCUGUCAUCCGAUUGAAAGAUUCCGUCGCCGACUCCCGGUAUCGCAUACGCCGCAGAGUCAUAUGGAGAUGGACCAACGGCUUCUGCCACCGUGACGCGAAAUACGAGGCCACGUACGAUGCCUCGGAACGAAAUUGGGAAGCAUGCCUCGACGGCCAGGCAAACUGCUCCGGGCGUCCACACGGGGCGGACAAUGGUAGGUUCCAGGGCGUCAUGAGCUUCCUGCUCUCCAGCAAGCAAAGUCACGACGAGCUGCUAGGGAUACUCUACGGCACAAGCGUCAUCCUGCUGGAGAGCAUGCCUUUGAUCGAAUCGUUGUGCGCUCCGACGCCCGCCCGCGCCCAGCUACUCGGACCCGGCGUCGGGCUCGUCACUUCGCUGCGCAUCACCAUCGAGCUGGUCCUGUUCGACAAGAAGUGCUUCUCGUCCGCCGAGCACCACCGCAGGAGGUUCGUCAACAUCCUGGACGGUCUGGGCCCCCGGUUCCCCAGCCUCAAGCGACUCGCCCUCUUUUUCGACAACCAGGCCAGUCUGACAAGGUUCGACCCCGCCAAGGAGAUUGGCAAUCUGGACCUCCACCUCUUUCUUCCGCUGCUCGCGAUGAGCACGCGGCUGGCGGGAGUCGAAAUGACCGUGUGGGUGACCGCGCCGAUGUAUCAGCUGGCCCUGACGGGGUUCUCGUGGCAGCGUGACGAGGCGGAGCCGGGCCUGGUUGAGUAUCUGAUUCGUGCUGAUCUGAUGUGGUAUCCGUUCUUCAACAGUUGGGACGACGGCCAGCGAUCGGGAGAAGGGUACUGGGUCAGGAAGUGGAUUGACAAGCCGUGGAAGAUCUGCCCGAAGACGGGACGACGUGGUUAG